GUCAAAAAUAAAAUUCGUCUAUUCGUGUUUUAUUAAUUUUCGUGUGUCCGCUAUCCGCAUUAGGUGGCACACUUCGUUCGGUGUUUACUCCACGAGUCUUGAAUUUUACGUGGCAGUUGUACUAAAUAUAAAAGCCGCCCGCGCCAGAGUUGAGAUAAAUUUAGGUUAAGCUAGAUUUUCUACAAAACCUUGAAUAAAAUCUCAAUAAACAUUAUAUCUUAAGUGUCUCAUGAGAUAUAUUUAGUAUAUUGAUAUGACCAGUACAGUGGAUGAUGGUGCUGAACAUACAGCUAGAAAUGAUUUGAAAGAUCAUGCCGGUGAUGGUGAUAACUCUGAUAAAAAUGGAACAGCGCCAGCGGCUUCGCUUACUCAAGGCGAGGAGCAUGCCUCAGUCGUGGCGGCACAUUACAAUCACCUCGAAGAGAAGGGCCUGAAGGAAAGGUUUAACUCUCCCAUAUUUUACUUGAGAAAUUUUAACAAUUGGGUGAAAAGUGUUCUUAUACAAGAAUAUACUGAUAAAAUAAGGGAAAAGGAUUAUGGGAGACCAUUAAGAGUUCUCGACAUUUGCUGUGGAAAAGGCGGUGAUUUAAGUAAAUGGCAGAAAGCUAGAGUAGAACGUGCAGUGUUCGCUGACAUUGCUGAGGUUUCAGUGCAACAGUGCCAGACGCGCUAUGAAGACCUGCGGCGCCGCUGUGGGCGGCUCUUUGCCGCGGAGUUCAUUGCUGCAGACUGCACCAAAGAUACUUUGAGGGACAAGUACCGUGACCCAUCAAUCAGUUUUGAUGUUGUCAGCUGUCAAUUUGGACUACAUUAUAGUUUUGAGAGUUUAGCACAAGCUCGUAGAAUGUUGACCAACAUAUCUGAGUGCUUAAAACCUGAUGGGUAUUUUUUUGGAACUAUUCCUAAUGCUUAUGAAAUAGUAUCACGAGCUCAGAAAUCACCUGAUGGAGCUUUUGGAAAUAAAAUCUACAAUAUUAAACUGCUGUUUGACCCGAAGGAAGGCUAUCCAUUAUUCGGAGCCAAAUAUGACUUUCAUUUGGAAGGAGUAGUAGACUGUCCUGAGUUUCUGGUCAAUUUUCAAUUGUUUGUUAAACUUGCCGCAGAGUAUGGCUUAGAACUUGUUUACAGUGCUGGGCUUGCAGGUUUUUAUAAAGACCAUUGUGAAAAAUACAAAACACUGUUGAACAGAAUCAUGUGUUUUGAAAGUUAUCCUGCACCACCUGGCAAGGAGCUUAUCGGAGAAGAGACUGAUUAUAAUCAUGCUAAAGAACAUUGGGAACAAAUGGAGAAGAAGUCCGAGAGAGAUAGGAUUGGGACUAUGAGCCAGAGGGAAUGGGAAGCUGCAACUAUCUACAUGGCGUUUGUAUUCAAAAAACUGAAGAGUACUUGGGACGCAAAUGGAAAACCAGUGUAUAGCAAAAGUUCAGCAGAUCAAUCAAAAAGUAAAUGACAAAAGGUGAUGCAUUGACCUAAUUCGGCACUGAUUUGUAAUGAUUUGUCACAUUAAAUAAAAUAAAU